AUGGGUAUCUUUAGUCCUGUAGAAGGGGUGCCGACAAAGUGGACGAAGAAGGCACUCAUUGAACAUGUCAAGACGGGGAUGCAAGUAGAGCUGGGGACACUUCCUAUCUAUUUCUGCGCGUUGUACAGUAUCAAGCGCGACAAUGGCGGGUGGGGAUCCAAAGCGCGAGCGAACAUUCUAGCUGUGGCGGAGCAAGAGAUGUUGCACCUUGCGCUCGCCGGAAAUAUGCUAGCCGCCUUGGGAGGGACUCAGCCGCUGUACGACAAAUUGUUCAUACCGACGUAUCCGUCCGAAAUCUUGUUUGAGAAGAUCGAGAUGGCGCUACGGCCCGCCAACAAAGAGAAUCUGGAGUGCUUCUUGAAGAUCGAAGCGCCUUAUAUGCCUCCGCCCAAACUAGAGGUAGCAGAGGACGUCGAGUAUUCCAUACAGCUUCUGCCCGGUUAUAACGGUAUUGGAGAGUUUUAUAGAGAGCUCCAGCACGGCAUCUAUGAGGUCUCUGCAACGGACCGCGAUCUAUUCUCAAGCAAUCACGACAAGCAGUUCCGCGGUGAAGAAUUUUUCGGGGAGAAGAUGACUGUUGUCGUAGAUACGAAGACCGCGCUCCAGGCGCUCGAGACCAUCGUUGACCAGGGCGAAGGCAGCAUUGGUGUCCCGGACUCCCACUACUCCAUCUUCGUCCAGCUGUACCAGCGAAGGAAGGAGUGGACCUGCAUCGACUACGUCAACGAGCCACACACCGCAGACUACAAGGGCAAGAGCGAGGUCGCUUACCGGUUGUCGUUGGCAGUGGAUGCCACCUUCUGUUACCUCCUCCAGACGCUUGACCGAUGCUGGGCGGAAGGGCAGCCGGCCAAGCGCACGCAGCUCUUCCGGAACAUCCACCGUCUCAUGGUGGAGAUUCUAUCCCCGGUCGCGCACGCUCUCGUCGAACAAGUCAUCGACGGCGGGAGGCACGCCGCUCCGUGUUUCGAGUUCUACCCGCCUGGCUCGGACGGGAAGCCGUUGGAUCCGAAGGGAUUGUUUGAGGGCUUGGUAGCGGAGGUCCAGCGCGCGUACAACGCCGCUACGGGCCCUGAGCAUCAGGGAACUCGGGAGGCGAUUGGGAAGAUUAAGUUUUGCUUGACUGGAUUGGCGCCGUCGCUGUAA